AUGUCGACAAUCAAUGAAAAUAAAUCGGUGAUCGAUAAAGAACUGUCUGAAGACAAACAAAAUUUAUUAAGAAAAUUAUCAACCAUAUUUGAUCAUGAAACAGCCAUUGAUUUUGUUUCUCCAAAAACACGUGACACAAAACAAAGCGUUACCAUUGAUGAAUUAGAAGUUGUUAACUAUGAACCACGAGACGAACGUUUACAGCGACUGCGUUCGUUGGAACAUUAUCAGACCACCACGCAGUCGCUCUCUCGAGCCGAUCUUGAAGCUUCAUAUCAAGCUUUUGUUCGAGGUCAAGUUGGUCAACAACAAUAUUCUCGUGAUGAACUUGAACAAUUCGUACGAAAUAGUGCCGAUAUUGAUUCAGCUAAGCGUUAUUUCGAAUCGGCACAUGACAUGCCAACAAAUUCUCUGCAGUCUCAUUUAUUAUUUCAUUCGUCGAAAUUAAAUGAACAACGAGCAAAUGUAUUAAAAUCAGCAACGUCACAUCGAAGUCUACAACAAAUCAAUGAUAAUUAUAGUUUAAAAAAAUUUUUUCCCGAACACUACACCACUCAUUAUCAAUAUCCAUCAAAACAGGCGGACAUGUCCGAUACUAAACCAACUAAGACUCGUCCACAUUCAGUGCACGUUGAACAUAAAGAAAAAAAAUAUCGAAUUAAAUUUUUAAAAAAUUCAAAUGAACUCGACUGUUUCAAUAGACCAUCACAUCGAUCAUCAAAAAAUCGUGGUUCAUUUCUUAUUCAUCAAAAGAAUAUUGAAGCAUUAUUUGAUGCUGAAAACACAACAGACAAUGCUCAGUCGAGUACAUCAAAUACAACAAACAUUCAUCGUGAAAUUUUUCCACCACUAUCAUUAGCUGCACUGAAAGAAUAUCGACCAACGUUAACAGCAAAACCAACGAAGACUCCGCCGCCGAAACAACAAAGAUAUGAAAAAAUUGAUUUCAUAUGGGAACAGUCUAUUGUUUCACGAAGACACGAAUGA